AUGGCAAGUACAGUCAUAACCCAUCUUCUGUUUCCCUUGGCUUUUCUCGUUAUCCUUUUCUCCACAGCUGCUUCUCGUCAAUUGAAUGAAAAGCUUUAUAUAGUGUACAUGGGUGAUGUUCCAUCCCCAGAUAUACAAGAUUACUCCCAAACAGCAGCAACUGCAUCUCACCUCUCAUUGCUUCACUCUCUACAUGGAAGCUAUGAGGCAGCACAGGAAUCUUUUGUUCAUAGCUAUUGGAAAAGCUUUAACGGAUUUGCAGCUUGGCUUUCCUCAUCUCAUGCCCAACACCUCUCAAACACAGAUGGCAUAGUUUCGGUCUUUGAAAGCAAAAAGGCCAAACCCUUAACAAGUAGAUCAUGGGAUUUUGUGGGACUCCCUCUGUCUCAGCAAACCAAUGAUUUGGAGUAUCAAAGUGACGUAAUUGUUGGCGUUCUAGAUACAGGGGUAUGGCCAGAAUCGGAAAGUUUCGAUGACAAGGGAUUGGGUCCCAUUCCCUCAAAAUGGAAGGGAGUGUGCCAGACAACACCCGACUUCAAAUCCUGCAAUAAGAAAAUAAUAGGUGCAAGCUUUUAUAAUAAAGGCUCUGGAUCUGAACCAGAGGCUGGUGAGUUCAUCUCUCCAAGAGAUUCAGAUGGCCAUGGAACACACACUGCCUCCACAGCGGCUGGAAGCAUUGUCAAAAAUGCCAGCCUUUUUGGAUUUGCCCAAGGAGACGCGCGUGGAGGAGUACCUGGCGCAAGGAUUGCUAUAUACAAGGUUUGCUUUUCAGAUUGCAGUGACGUAGAUAUUCUUGCCGCAUUUGAUGAUGCAAUCCAUGAUGGUGUGGAUAUUAUUUCUGUUUCGAUUGGUUAUUCAAAUGGAGGAUUCCUUCCCCCACUUAACUACUUUGAAGAUAGCAUUGCAAUUGGAGCAUUCCAUGCAAUGAAGAGAGGAAUCUUAACAUCAAAUGCUGCUUGUAACGAUGGAUCUGUGGGAACUGUUUGCAAUUAUUCCCCUUGGUCCUUGACAGUGGCUGCAAGCAGCAUUGAUCGCCAAUUCAAAUCACAACUUAAUUUGGGAAAUCAAACGUCCUUCGAGGGGCGUGCUAUAAAUACAUUCACAAUGGAGCAGCCUUGGUAUCCUUUAGUAUAUGGAGGAGACGCUACUAAUGUUUCUGGCGGAUUUUCAUCACAGGACUCAAGUGGUUGCAAGUUAUAUUCCCUGGAUCGCAGCUUAGUUGAAGGAAAAAUAGUACUUUGCUACUUAGCAGACCCAUAUGAUCUGCCCGAUGGUGGAGUGUAUGUCUCUGGAGGGGCAGGUGCCAUAAUAAUGUACGAUCCAAUGAAUGAUACAGCUUCCUCGUUCAUCGUCCCAGCUACACUUAUAUUUAACAAAGAGGGAGAGGUUAUCAGAUCUUACAUCAACUCCACAAGCUCUCCAACGGCAAGCAUAGAAAAAGGUGUGGUUCGGAAUGAUUUACCUGCACCUAUAGUGGCUUCAUUCUCAUCAAAAGGUCCCAACCAAAUCACACCAAAUCUUUUGAAGCCUGACAUCACCGCACCCGGUGUAGAUAUUCUAGCAGCUUGGUCAAAAGCUGCACCAAUGACCACAAGUCCUUUGGACAAAAGAGUUGUGGAUUUUAACAUAGUUUCUGGAACAUCCAUGGCAUGCCCUCAUGCCACAGGAGCAGCGGCCUAUGUCAAGUCAUUUCAUCCUGACUGGUCUCCUGCUGCUAUCAAAUCUGCUCUCAUGACCACAGCAUCUACAUUCGAUGCAACAUUAGAGGGCAAUCGUGCUGGGGAAUUAGGAUAUGGUUCAGGGCAGAUUAACCCCCUCAAGGCCAUCAAUCCGGGGCUUGUGUAUGAAGCUGACGCAAAAUCCUAUAUCAAUAUGCUAUGUAGCCAAGGAUACAAUGAAACAUCUUUACGUUUGUUGACAGGAGAAUCUGUCACUUGUUCUUCAAAAUUAUCUGAAAAUGGAGUAUGGGAACUUAACUAUCCUUCCAUGAUGAUUGUUAGGGAUGUAAGUGAGCCCAUUUUUGUUCAAUUUCCAAGAACAGUUACAAAUGUAGGACCUCCAAAAGCUACUUACCAAGCCAAAUUAGAUGCGCCCCUUGGAAUGAACGUGACAGUGGAACCAGAUACACUCUCUUUCACGUCCUCCAAUCAGAAGAUGUCAUACAAUGUGAAAAUUGAAAGUCGGGUUGUACCAGAUGAUUAUGCUUUACUAUCAGGUGCACUGACUUGGAGCUCUGGCAAUUACAGUGUGCGCAGCCCCAUUGUUGUAUAUUAUGUGAAACAGUAA